CAAAGUGCCUGAAAAAAAUAAAUAAACAUGUGUCCCAUUAGGCUUAAUUGCAUGGCUAAGGGCUUGUCAUUUAGGAUGAAGAUGGUGGUAAUAACUCCUGAAAAAACCCACUCUCUGAACUUCUUCUGAAGUUCAACCUGCAGUGUGCUAGCCAAUGAUACUUACAGAGGGGCCAGAUAAGGUGAGCUACAUUUGAACCACUUCAAAUACACAAAAUCUAAAAGCAUACACAUAAAUCUGCAUGUUAUUUUAAUCACAUGUGGAUGGGACUGUAGGUGUUUAAAAUAGUUUAAAAAACAUAUUCGAACAAUAUAAUUUGUCUGUUUAAAAAAAAAAAAUACUAAUUUAAAUACUAAUGCCAUCACAAUAUCAUACUACAUAGUAAUGUCAAGACUCUAAGAACAAAAAAGUGCACACUUACACACCCACACUUUAGAAUAGCCUACUUCCUGAAACACCUGUUUGUCAGGUAGGCUACACCAGCAGUUGCGUAGUAUCGGAAAGCUUGACUCAGAAAAUAUGGAGGACGACACGAAACCUAAAGUGUAAUUCUACUUAAGUCCGUCCAAUCAUCUACAUUCCUUAACCGGUCGCCAAGUUUCAUAAUAUGGAUUUACGAGAACCCGGGAAGACAUCUAUCAACCUUGUUCUCUACGAGUGUUUUGUUUUGACGAUUGUGCUGUCCUCGGUGUCUUCCAUAAAGGUGAAAGCCCCGUCUGAGAUCAAUGCCGUGAGGGGCGACGACAUCACCCUGCCCUGCUCCUUCUCCUCCAGCAGUGGCACCACCAGCCGCAUGUCCGUGGACUGGUCCUUCACAGCCGAGGGCGGCAGCACCCGGCAGUCGCUCUUCCACUUUUCGGCGCAGGCAUUCCCGCCUUCCCACGGGCCUUUUAAGGGCCGGAUAAACUGGCUGGGGAGCCCUAGCCGAGGCGAGGCCUCCAUCCAGCUCAUCAAUGCCAGUCUGGCCGACAAUGGCACCUACACCUGCUCCGUCAAGAACCCGCCCGAUACACAUGGCGGGCCUGCCCAGAUUCAGCUGACAGUCACUCCCAAGAAGGUGACCAUUCGUCUGUCUGAGGUGAUGGUGCUGCUACUGUUCAUCCUCCUGCCCUCUGCUGUCAUCACUCUGGUGCUGCUCUGUCGCAUGGUCUGUCCCUGCUGUCCCCCGAGAGGGACCUCAGCCAAAGGCCAGGGGUAUCACUCAUCCAUCGAAGUCACCGAGAGAGACGUGUAUGGUUACAAGCCCCCAGUCCAGAAGCAAAGGACUGCUACAUGCUGUGAAAUGCUUUUUACGGACUCUGACUACGAGGAUGACUACCAUCUUCCUCAUGCACAUCACAAGGGUAACGACAUGGAGGAAUCCCCGUGCUAAUGUUCUAAUGUUGAGAGACAGACUGCACUCCCAGCAUCAGUCAGUUUUUAGGUAACGGAUGCCCACUUCAACAAGUGCAUCAAUAAUUAACCUGGCUCGUGUAUUUGUGUAUAUUUAUAAGGGCCUUGCCGGCAGUUAAGAGAAAGUACUAAAUAUGUCACAGAUACAUUAGAAGCACUGCCAAGCAGCAUUAAUACUGCAAUCAAUUGAGAGACCCCUGUGGGAAUGGAUGCUUUCAAAGAAGACACACACACACACACACACACACACACACAGUGACACAUGUGUUUCUGAUCUCUGUUUUGAUUGAAAGGGGUUUAAAAUGUGAGAUGUGGGUUCUGGUCAAAGGAAUGAUUCAGAGUGAUGAGUCACAUAGAGAGAUAAUAGUAGGACAAGCUGGAUAAUCAGAGACAACAUGUAAAUAAUUGGCUGCCCCUGACCCUGAAAGGUGUCUGAUCUUGUUUUGCUUUUGUUAAUUUUACCUUGACCUGUUUCAUAAAUCCUUUUUGUGUCCUAUUUCAGUCUUUUAGCCACUGGCACCUCUGAAAGUGCUCAAAGCAUCUGUUGAGCCAUAUUUCAACAAACACUAUUUGCGCUUUGCACUGACAAUGCGUAGUCGUGUGGGUCAUGAAAAAAUAAAUGUGCCUCAACGGUUGAUGUAAUAGUUUUUUUUUGCUUUUUACUUAAGCCUGUUGCUUUUGAUGUAAUGAUCUAUGAAUGAUGGGAAUCAAGUAAGGCUGUGAAUCACUUGAUCCAUUAAGAUGCGCUGAAAUUUGGUUUGAUUGAAUAAGCAUCUUCUUUGAUUCUUUGUUUUCUCAUGCUGGAUUUUAUAUUGUAUGAAUGAAGUACUUUAACGCCCUUCUGUAUUUAAAGACUUGAUAUAUUAAUGUUGUCUGUGUUUGCUGUAGCGGAGCACUUUAAGGGUGUUAAAAUGCAAUUCAAUUUCCAAUAUCGUCUUAUGAGAACUUGCCAUAGGUCAUCUUUUACAGAACUAAGCAUCAAGAGGAUGACAUGUAGACUCAAUCUGUUUCAAUUAAAUAACAAUUAAAUAAGACCUGUGUUCUAUUAGAACUUAACUUAGGGUAUUUAAUUUGUAAAAUGCAUAUCCAAUAUAGAUAAUGAAGAAUGACUGUGUUUACUGUAGGAAACAUGCAUUUCUAACAUCGUCAAUAAAAAAACAGACAUAAAAAUUUAA